GUCUAAACUAUGUCAGUGGUCCUAUAUAAGACGGGCAGAAAAGAUUACAGAUCAGAUUGCAUCAGGUAGCAACAAUGUCAGGUGUGACUUUCUUCUCGUUGGUUCUGGUGGCUCUGCUGCUGUCUUCAGUCUCAGCUCAAGGCAAAAUUUCAAGUUGCUGUUUAAAGGCCACAAAUACACAAGUUCGUCGAGACUUUUUGAAGGAGUACUACGUCCAACGUCCACCAUCCUGCUUCAAACACGUAGUGGUGUUCACCACAAUCAAAAACGUCAGAAUCUGUGCCAACCCUAAAUCAAUCUGGACGCUCACCAGCAUGGCCUUUCUGGACGGAAAGAACUGGCUGCAAAGUCAAAAUACUACUAUGAAAACUACUAAAAGCUCCUAAUAAUUCUAAUAAUAAAAGUUACAACUUUGUUUUUUUAAAAAUGUAAAUAACUUAUUUGUAUGUCAGCUGACGAUAAUUGAUGUUUGCAAAUAAAGAUGUUGCAGUGCUUUAUA